CCGUCGGAUGUGGCUGGAGCUGGAGGCGCCCAGGGCCGGAGACGCUGCAGACCCGGGACUCGGAGCAGCUCGGAGGCGGUGAACAAAAAAUGGGAAAGAAGCAGAAUGGAAAGAGUAAAAAAGUUGAAGAGGCAGAGCCUGAAGAAUUUGUGGUGGAAAAAGUACUGGAUCGACGUGUAGUGAAUGGGAAGGUGGAGUAUUUCCUGAAGUGGAAGGGAUUUACAGAUGCUGACAAUACUUGGGAGCCUGAAGAAAAUUUAGAUUGCCCAGAGUUAAUUGAAGCAUUCCUUAAUUCUCAAAAAGCUGGUAAAGAGAAAGAUGGUACCAAAAGAAAAUCUUUAUCUGACAGUGAGUCUGAUGACAGCAAAUCAAAGAAGAAAAGAGAUGCUGCUGACAAACCAAGAGGCUUUGCUAGAGGUCUUGAUCCUGAACGCAUAAUUGGUGCCACGGACAGCAGUGGAGAAUUAAUGUUUCUCAUGAAAUGGAAAGAUUCAGAUGAGGCAGACUUGGUGCUGGCAAAAGAGGCAAACAUGAAGUGUCCUCAAAUUGUAAUUGCUUUUUAUGAAGAGAGACUAACUUGGCAUUCUUGUCCAGAAGAUGAAGCUCAAUAAUUGUUUUGCAUUGCUUUUUAUAUAUAUUUAUAUAUAUAUAUAAUCUGGAUCUUGGUUUUUUGAUUUAUUAGUAUGAAGAAUAUGUUCUAAUGGAAAUCAAGUUUGAUAUGUUUGUUUUGAAGUAGUAUUAUUGGAGUUGUUCGGUUUUUUUGGGGGGUAUUGGUUUUUGUUUUGUUUUUGUAUCAGUAUCACUGGUUACUUUGAACAAAUAAAAGAUUUCUGUAGUUGCUUCAUCUGUCAGAAAAGACCAUUUGAUACCAUGGUAUAUUUCCUUUGCAUUAAAGAACAGCUUUUCUAAA